UCUUCGCGUCUUCUUCCUUCUGCAGAUUGACAGUUAAACCUAGAAGUUCCCGCCAAAAAUCUAAAGGAUCUUCGCAAUUUCGAAAUGGAUAAAAUCUUCCGGAUAAUGAAUUUCAAUAGUUCAACACAUCAAUUACUCAAUUCCACGCUGAGAAGUCCUAAAUAUCUCACUCCGCUUCUGCUGUUUCAUGGUUCCAACAAAAGUCUGGCCUCAGAUUCGGAGCUGGAACUCGAUUUUGACAAGCUCGAACAUGGAUCUUCAAUACCCAGGUCUCCCAGAAGCUGGAUUUCUGAAAAACAGGUUGAUCUCAGAGAGAUUUCAAAAGCAAGGGAGUUGAAUGUUCAGAUAGACCCAUGGCCGGAGUGGGUGAACUUCAUGGAAUGUUUGUCAAAGAAAGGGUACUUUGAAGGAGGCGGAGUACCAUUUCUGAAUGCUGAAUUGGGUGCAAAAGAUUUCAAUCAUAUUCGGACUGCCUGUCUUGAUUUUGCAAGGGAUCGGUCUAACCUUAUACGGUGCUUGUCCAGGAAAGAGUUACAGGUGAUUGCAGGAUGUGGAUGCCCAAGCAUAGAUAGGAAAGUUGUGAACUCAGGGAAGCGUCUCAGAGCACAUGUGGGCAUUGAUGAGGGAAAUGUCUGCAGUUCUUGCAACCUGCGGGGAGAAUGUGAGAGGGCAUAUGCAAAGGCAUGCGGAGACGGAGGAGGUCGGACCGUGGAUGUCAUGCGUGUUUUGUUAUUUUACGGGCUUGAUCACAUCUCUGCUAUGGUGGAGAACAGACGUUGUGUGAACAAGAAGGCUAAUGACUCUGUUAGAAAGCUGUUGAAAGAAAUUGUUGAUUACAGUGCAGGAGAACGUGAAUCUGAUGUUCUAAAUUCUAACGAGGGGUUUUCAACAGAAAAUCAUGAGACAAAUGCUUCAGCAACACAAGGCGACUGGCAUUGUCCAAAAUGCAACUUCUUCAACUUUUCUAGAAACGUCAAGUGCUUGCGUUGUGGUAGUAUAGCUCUUGAGAGGCUUCGGAAACGAAACGAGGAUCAAGCCAAUCUUCCGUUGAAGAAGGGCGACUGGCUUUGCGACAAAUGUAAUUUCUUGAACUUUGCGAAGAAUUCAACAUGUUUGCAAUGCAAAGAGAAGCCGUUGAAUCGACAGCUGAAUCCGGGGGAGUGGGAAUGCGAAUCGUGCAACUAUAUUAAUUUUAGGAAGAACACGCUAUGCUUGAGGUGUGAUCACCGACGGCCCAAAGCACUAAACACUAGAAACGUUUCUGCUGGACCUAAAUUGUAUUCUAGUAAAUUUGGAAAUAAUUCAAGUAGGAGGAAGAAUGAUGAUGAUUGUAUGUGGAGAUUUGGUGGAAGUGAGGGUGAGGAACACUGCAGAUUUCCGGAUUUUCCAAGUGCAGAAAGUGCAGAGAGAAGGAAAGUGGAGAUGUUAGAGAGGAGAAGAAGCUUGGAAAAUGCAAUGGAGAAAGAAGAAGAUCUGAUGUUGAGAUCUGACAGUAUGGAAAGAAGAAUUGAGUUUGUUGAAUGUAGUGAUGAUGAAGAUAUCAUGGAAUGGUUUGAACACAAGCCAGAACAACAACGAGUCCAGAAGGGGUAGUUUUGUUUAUGAACACACUGUAGUUUGUUCUUCAUGAUCAUCCUUCAUACCUCUCUUUUCCUUCUGAAACUAUGAAUUACAUGAUCAUUUCUGGACCAUUUUUAUUCAAUGCUUCUUCAUUUAGUUUAU